AUGGAUUUUGAUGUCGCAAAAACAUUUCCCACAAAAGGAUUUCUAGAUCAGGAUCUAGAAAUCCGUGGUCCUAAGCCCGUGCAGUCCUGCGAAUGGGACAUUGCGCUACUGGAAGAUUUUGGGGAUGCAUUGGUUCGUACCCUUUUAUCCUCAAGAGUUUUCGUAGAUGGUUGGGAGGAGGAUCAGAAGGAGGGGCUUCCUCCCAAUACGAAAUUCUACUAA